AUGAUUGAAAGUGUAGAGAUGUUCUUUUAUGCUUCCUUUGAUCGUGCCUCUGCAGUUAAUAAUAAGAACGAAUCAGACUUAAAUGAAAAGAUUCAGAAGAAUCGAAAAAUUCCCAAUGCAGAUCAGGAUCGGAAGGCCUUGUAUUUGGAGAGGGUAACGAUGGAAUUAAUUGAAGAGAUAAUAUUCCCACUUGUUAAUUCGCGAAACUAUCCACCUAUUGAGAAAUAUAAUAGUGAAAUAGAAACAAGGAUUAUGAAAACCAGUAACAUAAUUUUACUGCAUAUCGAGGAUGGUGAUUGA